CGGCCGUACGGCGGAGCUUGCCACGCGGGCUCCUUUAAAUUGAGGGCGUUCUAUGUGUCUCGCCGGCUGCUCUCGAGUUUAAAGGGAAAGGGGCCGGAGCGAAGCGGGAAGGUGAUCUUUUCCUGGCGGCUCUUCGGUGAGGAGUACGACAAGCAGAUAAGCAAUGUGCACUGCCCUGAGCCCGAAGGCACGUGGGCCUGGCCUCUCCGACAUGCAUCAGUACAGUCAGUGGCUUGCAAGUAGACAUGAGGCCAACUUGCUGCCAAUGAAAGAGGAUUUGGCCCUGUGGCUCACAAACCUACUGGGUAGAGAAAUAACAGCAGAAACCUUUAUGGAGAAGUUGGAUAAUGGUGCCUUGCUUUGCCGGUUAGCUGAGACCCUGCAGGAGAAAUUUAAGGAAAAUGGCUUUGAUGCAAACAAGCCUGGCAAAACCUUACCAGUUCGGAAAAUUCCAUGCAAAGCCAAUGCUCCUUCAGGGUCUUUUUUUGCACGGGACAACACAGCAAAUUUCUUAUCCUGGUGCAGAGAUGUAGGUGUGGAUGAUACCUGCCUGUUUGAAUCAGAAGGUUUGGUACUCCAUAAGCAGCCAAGAGAAGUGUGCCUUUGUUUGCUGGAACUUGGAAGAAUUGCAGCAAGGUUUGGUGUGGAACCUCCUGGAUUAAUAAAAUUGGAAAAAGAGAUUGAACAAGAGGAAACACUUUCAGCUCCCCUUCCAUCUCCUUCACCAUCACCCACAAAGUCUCCUGGGAAAAAGAGCACAGGGAAACUGUUGGAUGAUGCUGUUAAACACAUUUCUGAAGAUCCACCUUGUAAAUGCCCUAAUAAGUUCUGUGUGGAGCGUCUUUCACAGGGAAGAUACAGAGUUGGAGAGAAGAUCCUUUUUAUUAGGAUGCUGCACAACAAACAUGUGAUGGUUCGUGUUGGAGGAGGCUGGGAGACUUUUGCAGGUUAUUUACUGAAGCAUGAUCCGUGCCGAAUGCUUCAGAUCUCCCGAGUAGAUGGGAAAACUUCUCCAAUCCAGAGCAAGUCUCCAAACCUCAGGGACAUGAAUCCAGACAAUUAUCUGGUUGUUUCUGCCCAUUACAAAACCAAGAAAGAGAUUAAGUGAAAUAAGCUGCUCAUAUAAGUGGGACUUCAUGUAUGUAGGUCCAAAUUAUUCUCCCAAGUGUAGUGAAUUUAGCUGAUGCUUUAAAAGGACUUUGGAAAACUUAACAUCGACUGGAAAUGACACCCCAUUUUCAAGAUCAUUGAAUUUAGAACUAUUUAUUUCUAGUACUGUAUCUUUUAUAGCAAAUUACCCUUGAUAGGCUAAUUACUACAAUCAGAUAAUAAAUAGACAUAUCUUUUUAGCCAAAUUAUUACUCUUCAAUAUGUGAAUGUAUACUUAGAGCUACAUAAAGGAGUUCAUCCUCUUAAUGGAAGAAAAUAAAGAAUGAAAUAUAUUUGUACGAAAACCUUAUUACUUUGAAUCCCUGACUGUUAGGCUAGUUGAAAUAUAUAUAUGUAGGGAAAAUGGGUAUUUGGGGAGAUUAUUUGGAAAUGUCUCUUGAAAUGAAUUAAAAUUGUCUAUUUGUAUGUUUUGCAAUCUUUUCUUAAUUAGUAGAAUAUAAUGGCUUAUUGCAUGCCUAACAACUUCUCAAAGCCAUUUUUUAAAGGAAAAAAAGCCCAAGAAACCCCUUCACACUGUUUUACUAUUUAAAGCUGAACACAAUGCUGAAUGCUUGAUCUGUAUGUAGACCCUUUCUGUUUUUCAUGAAGUUGUCCAAUAUAGAAGCAUGGGGAAGUGGAAAAAUUGCCCCUUCCUCUGUCAUACAGUUGAGCUGAGUGGUCAUACCAGUGAGGUGAUGUUCUGCAGCCCAUAAGGGGAGCAGUAUCAUGUGCACAGCCCUCAGACCCAAGGAGAAGCUUCAGAAGAUGCAAGUCCCUCUGGAGUCACAAAACAUGGCACUGUUCUUGGAUAUGAGCAUUUCCUUCCUCUUCUUUUUAAUGUUGUUGUCAUGUUAAAUAUGAAAUACUCAUUACCCUGUAAAUAGUGUGAUUUACAUUCUCAUAAAUCAUUCACACAUCUCUAAUAUAGCUAAAGGUGUCAGUGGGCUUAGUUCAUUAUUUUGGCUACUUUUUUGUUUAUAUUUGGUAAUUUAUGUGCCUUGCAACAUCCUAGAAAAAUCUUUUAUAAGAUUUUUUCACUGACUGUAUAAAUUUAAAACUGAAAUAAAUUUUUUAAAAUAUUCCUACAUUUUGAAACUCCUAUUAUUUGUAAUCUCUAAUCUCCACUUUGCUGCUACUGACUGGAUGCCUACAAUACACAACACUGCUUGCUGCCCUAAUAAGGAGUUGCACAAAGAAAGGGGCAAACAAAUAACACACAAAUACCCAAAUUUUAUUGAAAAUUAAUUUUUCUUUGCAGGGAAAAAAUUCAAAAACAUCCUUGAAAUAUUUUUAGUACUGACUCGUAUUUUUCUCUAUUUUCUGAUAUUAAAUUAUUAAAAAUGGUCUUAUGAUCUGCUCCUGCGGUCUUUAAAAUUAACAGCAAAAUGUCUGUGGGCUAGAAAGGAUUAAGACAGUCUUUCAUGUUCCAUGCUGUAUUAAAAUCAGCACGUUGUAUCUCAUUUCUGUGGAGAAGGUCUACCUCACCAUCUAAAACUACCUGCUGAAUACAAGCACUUCACAAUUGCUUGGUGCAGCAGACAAAGUAUCAGGACAUAAUUCCAAAGCUGCAGCCUUUUAUUCUCCUCCUGAAACACUUUCUAGGGAGAUUAAACACAUAUUCAAGCAAUAAAUCUUUUGAAAAGCCAUAGGAAGUCUCAGUUGUCAUAGAAGUUGUCAUAGAAGUUGUCAUAUGUCCUCCAUAAGGAAGCAGAAAACAGACCAAAACAUCAUUUUAUAAAAAAUGCAGCACAGUUGAAAAAAAAAAUCAUGAUCUUAAUAUAAGCACUGAGAGAUCUGUUUUCAAAUUAAAAGGGAAAAAAAAGCACUAGUGAAAAUGUGAGAUGUUUAUUUAGAAAUAAUGUCUAGUUAUUUACACAUAAUUAGUUGAAUUUCACAGAAUCAUUGAGGUUGAAAAGGCUUCCAAGAUCUUCAAGUUCAACCUUUAUUUCCACCAUCCAAGACUAAGUUUGUGUUGUUAUUAGGUUGGUUUUUUAGAUAUUUGAAGGUGUUUACAUAUAAACAAAUCAGACCAGAUAAUUACAAAAAAGGUAUUCAUAAGAUUAUUUUAAUAGUAAACUUCAAUAGUCACAGUAAAUCCAAAUCAAGAUUUUUAAACUAAACAUGAACCCCUUUAUGUGCUUGGAGUUUACCAAUCAAAAGUCUUUUUUGUUUCAGAGUCUUUAAAAAAAUUACAUUAAAUCACUUCCUGACUUAAAAUUUCAACUUUGCCAGUUCUAGAAUGGGAGACUAUAGGAUUUUAUUUUAAAGUAUUGCCACUACCACAGGUGGGACUUACUGCUUUUGACUGCAUUGGUGUGACUGUGAAUAACAGAGGAGGAAAUGAAAGCAUCAAUAAAGUAAACCAAAAAAUGCAGUAAGCUGGUUAGUCUGGAAGAAGGGGUUGGAGGUAAGUGUCAUGAUAAAUAACAUUUUCAUAUAGUGUAUUAGGUCCUGUAGAAAUGUAGGAAUGAAAAAUUUGUUAGGAACCUAUGGCUAAAUUAUAAAGCUAAAGUUGAGCAGCAGAAUUUUGCUCAGAAGCAUACAGCCCUUGUUGCAGUGAUAGGGGCAGAACAGAUUUAGGUCAUUUUCCAUGAUGCAGUGAUUUUAGCUAUUUUGCUGUGUAAUUGGCUGAAUGUAAAUAUUGAGGAGGCUGAAGUGCUAAAACAUUUAAGUGAAAGGAGCUGCAACAAAGCCUUUUCUCAAAGUCCUCAUAGAACAAACCCCAUGGGAGCUGCCUGUGAAUAAACUGUGUUUAAUCUCAAAAUGGAUAAAUUCUGUAAAAUUAUUUACAAAAUCCAUUAUUAUUGUAUAAUGUCAAAUAUGACCCAUUGUGCUGGAAGCCAUUCAAAAUUAGUUUGGAAAUGUAACUGUGAUAUCUGUUAUUGCUCAUUAUAGGAAGUGCAUUCUGUCACCAUGUUAUUAAUACACUACCUGGACAUGUUUCUCCAAGCAGGAUUAUUUAUAUCGCUGAUAGAGGAUAGGGUUUUUUCACAUCUUUAUUAUAGGGAUAAUUGCUCCUUCCCUUGCUGUACCACUUUUUUUAUCAAAAAUCUAUGGCAGCUAGUUAAAGGACUUUUGGUGGGGAUGAGUGAAAUAAGAAGGCAAUAUGUGUGGGAAGGUACAGCAAGUUUCUUGUUACUGGACUCAAUCCUAAUUCAUUACACAUGUUCACUUCAGAUCUGGAAGGCAAGCUGUUUGCCAUGCCAGAGAGUUACAGAAGCAUCUCCUAGAGAUGCUGACGAGGGUUUGGUUCUUUUUGGGCUUACACGUACUGUCUCAUUGGCAGCAGCCUGAGAGUACCUGACAAGAAGGUACAGUGCUGCUUCUUUGCUCUGCCUCCUACUUUCUUAGCCUGUGGCAUGUUGACUAAGGUAAGGUGGAACAGACAGGUGGGAUCACACAAAUGCUGAUGAGGCUGGACAGGCUUUCCCAGACUCUGGAAAAAACUGCAGGUAGUGCUUGUCCCUGAUGAGCUGUGUCUCAAGUAUUUAGUCUUGUCACUAUGCCAAAUCCACGUGCUGAAGUAAUCUGUGUUCCUCAGGGCCCACUGUGAUGCUGCCCAUCCUUGUACAGACACAGUUUCUGUGUCUUCCCAAAUUUCAGGACAUCUGCUACACUCUGUCUCUAGCACAAUCUAUGUUUUUUAAUUAUAUGGAAACCAACCCUGGCAAAUGUUUUCACUUUGUUACUGCAAAAAAGAUGAUGCUACCACAGUCAUGGAGAGUCAGCUUUUCAGUCCAGUCUACCAGCACAGGGCUUUGGCCUGCCAGUUCUUGAAGUGAAAGAUUAUGCUUUGAGAAGAUGAAGCAAAAAAAAAAAAAAAAAAAAGGAGUUGUACUGAUGUAAACAAAAUAUCAGCUGUCUAGAUAUAUCUACAUGUAAAGGUGCAUUUUAACAGCCUCUGAGGUGAAGUAAAUUUAGGAUUGGGGAAAAUGAGGACAAAAGUCCUAUUGCAGUUCAUGUUAACUUAGUGCUGCACUAAGCAGUAAGAAAGACAGGGAAAACGUCUGUAAGAAGAGAGCAGCUCUAAGUUACAUGGCUCUCAGCCUUACUGUUUAAUGGUACAUGUCGGAUAGCUAUGAGUUGCAUACUACUGAUCUUCAGUAGUUUCUGCUUUCACUCUCAACUGAAACAAAACUUAAACCAACAGUAUUAUUUACCCAAAUAAUUCCCAGUCAGUUGAGCCUGGCCAUUUAGACAAUUGGAUGUGUAUUGUAUAGGAACAUCUUUUAAAACAGCUUUGCAGGUGAUUCAUGAUCUAGAACUACACACUCCCACAUCCUGAUGUGGUUCCUUAGCUGUAGAAUAAAUCCAACAUUCAAAACUAGGUCUCUUAAGAAGCACAGGCAGCUCUGGCUUUUACAUAAAGGAUGGAGACAGAGAAGAGUGUGAUUGGUUUCUCUAUAUUCUUUUAAUGGCUUUAAAUGAAAGUGUUCAUAGCACUAAGGCAAGCAGAGGCUUGGAUGACAAAAGACAUGGUUAUUUUCUCCCCUUGCAGUUUUGGGGAAGCAGUAUGACAGAGAAUGAAGAGAAAAAUAUUUAAAGCUUUAAAUAGCCCAAGUGACCAAUUACGUGUAAGUGCUGCUUAAGUGUUUUGUAGGACACCUACUGUAAUGUUAGACUGGAAUUCUCAUUUCAAAUUAAUGUCUGAGAUACUUUUUUAUAACUCAAUGCAUUUUCACUAGACUUUAAAAAAAUUAUUCUGACCAGUUAAUACACUGUAGAGAGCAACUGCCAACAAUCAAAGGAAACUGAAGGCAGUCUUCAGCCAAGCACACAGCUUUUUUCAGCCCAAACAUUAUGUUAAUGUUGAAAGUUCUCCCUUCUCAACUCAAUUCUGAAGGCUAAGCCAGGAAACGGUGUCAAGACUGCACUCCCAGGAAAACACUGGGCAGUACAGAGACAUGAAGACAAAAUACAUAGUUCAAGGGGUGAAAAAAAAAAGCCUCUAUAGUCUUGACUAAGUCAGAAAUGGGUCAAUUGCAGUACUGAGCCCAUGCAUAAUGUGCCUAAUGCUCUCUGGGAAAAGAAAAUGUUUCUGCACUGUAAGUAGUCCACCUAAAUAGAUAACACAGAAACUUCGGGAAAUGAACUAGCAAAGAGAUGAUAUAGUAACAGUUUUCCUGUUUGUUUUUCAAAAUCCUGAGAAGGGAAGCAUUGCCCUCUUGUGGUAAUAAAUGAAAACAACUAAUAAGUGGAUUUUUAAUUUCAUGUUUAACUUUCAGUACUCAUUAUACUUAAGAGACUCAAAAGAAAUUCACAUGAGAAAAUGAGAACAAUUAUUACACACAUAAUAAAACAGCAUUCUUGAUCUAAGAACACAGGAUUUAUAAAGGUUUCUAUUUUUUCUUAUAACUAGUCACAAAAUUAUUCCACUUGUAAAGACCCACCAUGACUCUACUUUUCUUUUUUUGAAAAAGGCACUAAAUUCCUAAGCAGUCCAACAGUCAUUAGGAAACAGAAAUAUAUAUAUAUAUAUGUAUAUAUAUAUG